AUUGAUUCGCUCGCUGCAGAUCUGACUAUCACUCUCCCUUUCUGGUUUACUGUACUUUUGUCAGAACAGCUUUGUCUCCUUUAAAUACCAAAAUUUCAUUCUGUUACCCUUCCGCAGGCCUUUUGAGCAUCACCACACCGCUGGCAGCACCAUGACGGAGGCGGAGGCGUUGGAGAAGAAGCAGCAGCAGCACAAGCCCAGCAACGGGAAUGUUCCUCCCGAGGCCAUCAGAGAAGACGUGUUUGAUCACACAUACAAAGAGAAAGAAGGCCCUAAACCUGCCAUGAUCAUCGUAUGGAAAAAUGUCAUAUUGAUGAGUCUGUUGCAUAUAGGUGCCGUGUACGCCUUGUUCCUCAUCCCUUCCGCUUCUCCUUCGACCUUGCUUUGGUCUGUACUUUGUUUUUUGAUAAGUGCUUUAGGAGUCACUGCAGGAGCUCAUCGCCUGUGGAGUCACAGAUCCUACAAGGCCACAUUACCUCUAAAGAUCUUUCUUAGUGUUGCUAACUCCAUGGCAUUUCAGAAUGAUAUCUUUGAAUGGGCUCGAGACCACAGGGUUCACCACAAAUAUUCAGAGACUGAUGCCGACCCUCACAACGCCGUGCGGGGCUUCUUCUUUGCUCACAUCGGCUGGCUGCUCGUUCGCAAACAUCCCGAUGUCAUUGAGAAAGGACGAAAGCUGGAGCUGAACGACUUGCGAUCUGACAAAGUUGUAAUGUUUCAGAGGAAGUAUUACAAGCCAUCCGUGCUGCUCAUGUGCUUCUUCAUCCCCAUGUUCGUGCCUUGGUACCUGUGGGGGGAGUCCCUCUGGGUGGCCUACUUCAUCCCAGCUCUGCUGAGGUACACCUUGGUGCUGAACGCCACCUGGCUGGUGAACAGCGCAGCUCACAUGUGGGGGAACAGGCCCUAUGACAGGAACAUCAACCCCAGGGAGAACAAGUUUGUUGCAUUCAGCGCCAUAGGUGAAGGAUUUCACAACUACCACCACUCCUUCCCCUACGACUAUGCAACCAGCGAGUUUGGCUGCAGGUGGAACCUUACCACUUGUUUCAUCGACUUCAUGUGCUUCCUGGGCCUGGCCAAGGACCGCAAGAGGGUGUCCCACGAGAUGGUCAUGGCCCGAGCACAGCGCACGGGAGACGGAAGCUACCGGAGUGGCUAAGAUUGUUGAACUGUGUUCAGCUUCAAGGCAAAACGACAAAAAAAAGAAGCUUCACAGUCCUUUGACAGCUCUACAUUCUUCAUCCUCUGUGGACACAAGUCUGCUUAAUGAGGGCCUCGACCACAUUUUGCUUGUUUUUGUGGUUUUUUUGUAGCUGUAACUAAACAAAUUGUUCAAGAUGGAUAACAACCCAACACAUUUUGCAAAGCUUUCAGCCUUUGUUUCUACUGUUUCAGAUGGGCUGAAGUGUUGCAAAGAUGUUUUAGAUUUGAAGUAGAUCCGUUUUAAAAGUCAACUUCAUUCUCCGCUGUUUUCAUGCAAAUUCAUGUAGCUGAUCAUUUUUAUGUAAGUAUACUCAAUUAUUAAUCAAAGUAGACAAGUGGAGCACAGGCGUCAAGGUUUAAAUGAUGCUGAUUGGAGAAUGUUGCCUUUAUUGCGGUUUACAGCGAGGUUUUACUGUUCUGAUAUAAAUUCACAUUUUUGAGCACUCAGAGAGCUGAUAAAACAAGAAAAGUUUGAAUUUUGUUUGGUUAUGAAAAAGUUGCUGGCUUUAAUGAAAUGAGGCAUGUUUUGAAGCGUGAGGGAACCCAGACCAUCUUCUUGUAACGUGAAUAUACUGACAAAGCGGUAUGCCAAAAGUGUACAGUAAGUUGCAGCAUGGACUUCAUUUUCUCCUGCAGAAAACUGAACCAAGUUUGAGUUUUCUUAAAUACAUGAAGGGAUAGGUUUAUUGUUAAAUUGAAAACUGCCAUUGAAUAUUUACAGAAAUGGGAAAACGUGAUUUUAACUUGAAAACGUGAUGUUUGAGUUGUUUUUGUGUUUUUAAUGACUAUAUUAGAGUGCUAAAAGCGUGCCAAUCAUCGACAUACUUAAAACCAUCUCAGUAGAGCACACUAAGUCGAUAUUGCUUCUUCAGUUAACAUCAUUGUGGAAGUUUUUUAACAUUGUGGCAUCAGUGGCUUUGCUUCUUAUUUUAAGGUAUUUUACUACUUUUUGCCCUGAAUAUUCUGCAGCCGCAGAGAUCUCAUCUUGGUUGAUGUAGCAGCCGGUUGUGUGACAGUUCAGGUGUUACAAAAAACAAACACGCCGCCCAUGCAUGAUGAUAUUCUGUUGUAGGUGUCAUAGUAAGGUGUUUUCUUCAGUGACUCUAUGGCAGAGCUGUGCCUAUUUUUGUAACGUGCUGUGAAGCUGCAUCGCUUUCAGAGCAUCCAAACUGACGUUGGUAGUUUUUGAGAUGGGGUCUGGUUUCCCUUAGAUGUCCUAAAAUGGUGAUUGUCACUGCAAAACUAUCAGGUGCAUUGAUGUUUAUGUUCAGUUCUACCUGUAUUAUUUAUGUAUUUAUUUCUUUUAUUAUCGGAUUGGCUGAAUUCUUAAGGGAUUUUCUGCACUCCAAUAUUUGGCUGACAGUCUCGUAAUGUUUAAGAAGUUAAAGCACCUGUUUAUUUUUCCCCUAAGAGUCAGGAAACAACCAAAUGCCUUAUGACUUGCAUCCAUUCCUGAUCUUCUUCAUGUCCUGUCAGUCAAUCAAAAAGGUCCAAGCACCACAAAACAAAUCAGAAUGAGGUCAGUGUUUACAAGCUGAAGCACUGGGAGGAUCAUUUAUUCUGGAAACCACUUUUAAUUUAGGCAAAUGGUAGCAUGUUGACAUUGAAGUACUGUAAAUGCAAAUGGAGGAUAACAGGUGUCUCAUACAAACUCAAUCUGGUGCAACAUUCAGUUGCCAGAUUUAACUAUGGGCCUUGAUGGAUGUGCCAACUAGUUUUCAGCCCAUCAUGGUGCCCAAGUGUGAAAACUACAAAUCAAAGGUGCUGUCAUAAGAAUCUUAAAGCACUUAACAAACCCAAUAUACAAAAUACUAGCCAUGCAAACAAACUCUUGCUGCCCAUAGCGCCAAAAUCGACAUUUUCCCAACAGCGAGGAAGAUCAAAAAGGUUGUCGCUCUGAAUGAUUACGUCAAAUCUCAACUGUAUUCUAUUCUGAAAUAAAAUUCACAAUAUUUUCAAUACACUCGUUAU